AUGGAUCCGGAUUCAAGGUGGUCUCUCGAGCGCCUCCUAACAGAGCCGGUCUUCUCCGAUUUCAUCAUCUCUUGCAAAGGCGUAGACUUCAAGGUUCAUCAGGCAUUCCUCGUCGCCAACUCAACGUUCUUCAGAUCGGUGUGCACGCUCCCUUUCCAAGAAGCCGAACAAAAUCACGUUGACCUUGUUGAUGAGGAGCCAGAGAUCAUCGCCAGAAUGUUGUCGUAUAUGUACACCGGGGAUUACGAUGAUGCGCAGAUACCAAGAUGGGCGGAGGAGCGGUGCAUAGUAAGCCCGCCUUGCUCACAAACCCAAACUAUCAAGGACAAAGAGGGACUCUAUGGGGCGUCUGAAGUCCAGACAGAGAGCUCUGAUGGCAAAAUCCCAGCCGGUGAAGAAGAGUGGGGCAAGAAAAUCUCACGAUCGGGUAAAGAAGGCUCAAAAAAGGCGUCCUUGUCAAGGAUGGAGGUGAACACACUGGUAUAUGCUUGUGGCGACAAACUCGGGAUCCGGUAUCUCAAAGCCGCAGCAACGGAAAAAUUUGCGCGCUCGAUCGCUGAGGAAUACAAGUCGAAGCAUUUCCAAGAAGCCAUUGAACUAGUCUUCAGGGUCACGGCGCCAGGCGAUAGCGAGAUCAGAUCCGAACUGCUAUUGUGGUACAUCCGGCAUCGCGAGGCUGUCACCGGUAAUCUGGCCAAGACAAUGGCUGAACACGAACCUCUGACUUGGAAGGUCUAUCUCGAGAUGGGGGAGGCACUAGAUGCACAGAAGGAAGGUUAUGCUUCGUGCCUUGCAAAGCUGGAUGCCAGGAACGCAGAGAUCAAAGAAAAGGACGCUAAACUCAGAACAAGAGACGCUGAGCUCCGAGGCGUCCGAGAACCUGUCUUGGGUGCCAAGCUCACAUUGUCAAAGAUGAACAUUUGA